GGGGGGCGGAGAGUGGGAAGUGGUUGUGUGUAUUUGGCAAUAUUAAUCCGUUCGGUCCGACGUCGCUAAAGGUUAACGUGCCGGUUUGAUGUUUGUUCGAACUGAUGAAAGGUUACGAAGCACACUUUGGCUCCUCUCAUGUAGCUGUCAAACCAGAAGGAUACACUUGUACCAAUGGAGGUGAUGGAAAGUCCUCUCAAUCUCGCUCAUCAGCAGAGCAGAAAAGCGGAUCGCUUGGUGGCUGUAGGGAGAUAUGAGGAAGCAAUCUCCUGCCAUGGAAAAGCUGCUGAAUUACUCAGUGAUGCCAUGAAGCUGACACAGUCUGAGCAGGCUCGUCUGUCGUUGGAAUUGCAAAGGGAUAGCCACCUGAAACAGCAGAAACUGAUAGAAGAGAAGUGGAAACGAGCCAAAAGAGAGAAACUUCGAGUAUAUCAGAGUGCUGCACUGACAAACCGGGAGACCACCACACUUCCUCAGUCAUCUCUGAAACCUUCCUUGACUGCCCCCAGUGAACAGCAAGCCCCAGACUCUGCACUGGAGAGAUUUAGCCCACUAGACCGUGAGUAUGACACGUGGCUGUAUCUUCUAAAGAACAAAGGGACGACCGUGGAAAGUGCAUCUGGAGCUAAACCCCUCAAGGAUGACAAAACACGGCUGGAAGAACAAGAGACUGCCAUUAAUGACCUAAAAAAGCUUGUGGACUUCCUCUUGGAUGAAAAUGAGAAGCUAACUCAAGAAAAUAAACGACUAAAAGCGGAAAACGCCAGGCUCAAAAAAUCCCCGCUAGAGAGAGAACCUUAUGCUGACGCCGACUUUGUGGAAAAGUCCGAGUUGUGGAGUCUCUCACAGCCCUCGGAGGAGAGGAAGGCAAAAGACAUUCCAAUACCCAGUCUUCCUCCUUUGGAAAUGCCUGCUCAGGCCUUCUCACUGGAUGACCUUCCAGUGUUAGAGCUUCCAGAAGACAUACAGAAUGAACUUCAACAGCUAAUGGACAGUCAGGUGAAGAGUGCCAGGGAGAAAGUGUAGUGCUUACGUGGAAAGGACUGCUGGGUGAUGAGUGCGCUGAAAAGUGCUAGCCAGACUCACGUGUGAACCGAUACAAGUUCUGCGGAGCUUCUUCGCUCGGCUGCACGGGUGCCCCACCGGUUAGGCUGUUUUUGUUGUUUUUUUUUUUUUCCAGUACUAACUACAUCUGUUUUCACUUCCAAGGUACUGCAGAUGCUUUGGCUAAGAAUACACAAUAGUUGUGCCUUUGCUUCAGUUUUGAUUUGAAUGCCUGUCUCCAUAAUCGAAGGGAAUUAAAGAAAUGAGUACCUCUCAGUGAAGAGAGCUUCUCAAAGAGAAAUGACCUGCCAUUCCACAUCAGCACUGAGUGCAGCAUCUCAAUCGCUUUUCAAAUCGCAGAAUGCAGGGAGUCCCCUGGCAUUGUCAAGGGUUCAGUUGCAUUUGAUGACUGAAUUGGGAAUUUAUCUGUUGUCCUGAGAAGUGACCAUAAAGUUCCUAAAAUGUAAUUAAAAUAAUGAAGAGGUUUAAAAGACACUUUAUAUUCCUCUUCUGUUUGGUUAGUCUUUCUACAUGAUUAUCAUCAUCACUUUUUUCUUUAAAUCUGAAAUUGCUUAGAGUCACCCGGGCUCAUUUUGUCAGAUUGUGACAAAUGUAACGGCAACGAUGUUUACAGUUUUGAAAAGUGGAAAUGUGUUUGUGUACUUUCACUCCCCCAGCCAUCCUUUUUACUCCCAAAUCAAAGGCGUUGCUGGAAUGCUUGUUACUAGAAUCCAAUGUGCCCUUGAGGAAACUCGUCGGAUGUCAAACGGCCAUUCUUCCUCGACACAGGGCCAAGUGUAACGGUGCCGUACUCUGGCUGUGUACUUUUCAGGAAUCGAUUUGAUCACCUGAGCCUUUUGUCUUCAAAGGAGGAAUCGACAAGGACUUUGUUCAGGCUUUUAACCGUAUUUUGUACUCGGUCCCUUCUCCUGGAUUUACGGACUUGUGCCACAUAUUUGAAUGCUUUUCAUGUGAUGCAAACUUCUCGAGCCAGUAUGCUGGCUUUUAUUUAUGUUAUAAUGAGGGAACCAAAUCAGCAAUGUGUUUUUUUUUUUUUUUUUUCUCAUGUCUCCGUGAUCAGUUUACAUAACAAA